CAGAAAGUCCCUUUUCACAUUCUGUCUAACUUCCAAAGUACGCCUCCAGCGGCCCAGCCUUAUCCUCACAUAUAUAACCCUAAGUCCCUAACCCCCAUUUCUCCAUCCCAAGCGCGCCUUAAACCUGUUCGACGAAAUUCCCGUGAGAGUGAAAAAGAAAGGGAAGCCGGAGAAAGAGAAGACAAGAUGUACGUGGUGAAGAGAGACGGAAGGCAGGAAACCGUCCACUUCGACAAGAUCACCGCCAGGCUGAAGAAGCUCAGCUAUGGCCUCAGCAUCGACCACUGCGACCCUGUGCUGGUUGCGCAGAAGGUCUGCGCCGGGGUCUACAAGGGCGUCACCACCAGCCAGCUGGAUGAGCUGGCCGCUGAGACCGCCGCCGCCAUGACUGCCAACCAUCCUGAUUACGCCUCCUUGGCUGCUAGGAUUGCGGUGUCGAAUUUGCAUAAGAACACGAUGAAAUCUUUCUCUGAGACUGUGAAAGUGAUGUACCAUCAUUUCAAUGAGAGAUCUGGGUUGAAGGCUCCUUUGAUUGCUGAUGAUAUUUACGAGAUCAUUAUGAAGAAUGCAGCUCGAUUGGACAGUGAGAUAAUCUAUGACCGGGACUUUGAUUAUGAUUACUUUGGAUUCAAGACACUAGAGAGGUCAUACCUGUUGAAGGUUCAGGGGAAGGUUGUUGAAAGGCCUCAACAUAUGCUGAUGAGGGUUUCUGUUGGCAUUCACAAGGAUGAUAUUGAUGCAGCCAUUAAAACAUACCACCUAAUGUCUCAGAGAUGGUUUACUCAUGCUUCUCCAACUCUUUUCAAUGCUGGAACACCAAGGCCUCAAUUAAGUAGCUGUUUCUUGAUAUGCAUGAAGGAUGAUAGCAUUGAGGGAAUAUAUGAAACCUUGAAGGAGUGUGCUGUUAUCAGCAAAUCUGCUGGAGGAAUUGGUGUUUCUGUGCACAAUAUCCGUGCCACUGGUAGUUAUAUUCGUGGAACAAAUGGGACUUCCAAUGGCAUUGUCCCAAUGUUAAGGGUAUUCAAUGAUACUGCCCGAUAUGUUGAUCAAGGAGGGGGCAAGAGGAAGGGAGCAUUUGCUGUGUACCUGGAGCCAUGGCAUGCUGAUAUAUUUGAUUUUCUGGAUCUUAGGAAAAAUCAUGGAAAGGAGGAGAACCGGGCAAGGGAUCUAUUCUAUGCACUUUGGGUGCCUGAUCUUUUUAUGCAAAGAGUCCAAUCAAAUGGGACAUGGUCUUUGUUUUGUCCUAGUGAGGCACCUGGCUUGGCUGACUGUUGGGGUAAAGAGUUUGAGGAAUUGUACACCAAAUAUGAAAGAGAUGGAAAGGCCAAGAAGGUGGUCACAGCACAAAGUUUGUGGUUUGAAGUACUAAAAUCCCAAAUUGAAACUGGAACCCCUUACAUGCUCUUUAAGGAUACUUGUAACAGAAAGAGCAAUCAGCAGAAUCUAGGAACAAUAAAAUCAUCCAAUUUAUGUACUGAGAUAAUUGAGUAUACAAGUCCAACUGAAACUGCUGUGUGCAAUUUGGCAUCAAUUGCACUUCCACGAUUCGUUAGAGAAAAGGGAGUACCAAUGGAAUCACAUCCAUCUAAGAUUGUGGGAAGCAGAGGGUCCAUGAACAGAUAUUUUGAUUUUGACAAAUUAGCCGAGGUUACCCAAGUUGUGACUUACAAUCUCAACAAAAUCAUUGAUGUGAACUACUACCCUGUUGAGACUGCAAGGAGGUCAAAUAUGAGGCAUAGGCCCAUUGGAAUUGGGGUUCAAGGCCUUGCAGAUACCUUCAUUUUGCUAGGCAUGGCAUUUGACUCCCCAGAGGCUCAACAGCUGAACAAGGAUAUAUUCGAAACAAUCUAUUACCAUUCCCUGAAAGCUUCAAGUGAGAUUGCUGCAGUAGAAGGUCCUUACGAGACAUAUCCCGGAAGUCCUGUCAGUAAGGGAACUUUGCAGCCGGACAUGUGGGGUGUGACUCCCUCAGCUCUAUGGAACUGGGACACUCUAAGGGACAUGAUAUCAAAGAACGGAGUCAGGAAUUCACUUCUUGUAGCACCAAUGCCUACUGCCUCAACCAGCCAGAUUCUCGGAAACAAUGAGUGCUUUGAGCCGUAUACUUCCAAUAUCUACAGUCGCAGGGUUUUGAGCGGCGAAUUUGUUGUUGUCAACAAACAUCUUCUUCAUGACCUGACCGAGAUGGGUAUCUGGAAUCCAGCCCUCAAGAACAAAAUAAUCUACGAAGAUGGUUCAGUCCAGAAACUGCCCGAGGUCCCUCAUGACCUCAAGCUUAUAUACAAGACUGUCUGGGAGAUCAAGCAGAGGACUCUUGUCGACAUGGCAGCUGAUCGUGGUUGCUACAUCGACCAGAGCCAAAGCCUUAACAUUCACAUGGACCAACCCAAUUUCGGGAAGCUCACUUCCUUGCAUUUCCAUACCUGGACCAAGGGUCUCAAGACGGGAAUGUACUAUCUGAGGUCGCGUGCAGCAGCUGAUGCCAUCAAGUUCACCGUCGACACUACCGAUCUCAAGGUAAAAAAAAAAGGAGACAAGAAGCUAAAAGUUGAGGAGGUUGAAGAUGAUGGCACCAAGAUGGCGCAGAUGGUUUGCUCUUUGAACAACCGUGAUGAUUGCCUAGCCUGCGGGAGUUGAAUGAAAAUAGCGAGUGAAGUUAGUCCCGUAGCUUUGUUUGACCACAUCUCGUGAAAGGAUGUUGGUUAUAUUCUACUGGCUUAUUAUUCCGAGUAAUGAUUUUUAUAUACAGUAGAGUAGUAGAUGAGUUGGGGAAGUGAUUCUGUAUAGGCUUAUGUAUCAUCAGUUCUUGGAUCAUUAUUAGUAUGCCAAUCACAGAAUGAGAUUGGAGUAUGUAUGAGAUUUGCGACGUAGUUCUAAAUUCAUGAUGAUCAUUUACUUUUAUAUUUAAAAACUAUAAACUUAUAACAAAUCCGA